GGGGUUUGCUGAUGAUCAUAACCCAAGACUGGACGAUAUACUGUGAUUCAGGCUCGACGGGUUAUCGUUGAUUGAAGCAGCCUGACAUGGCGUCAGCUCUCAGCGACCAUGUCUCUGUCCCGUCGGACCUGGAUCUUUCACUGGACCUGACCGCUUCAGGGCAGAUCACCGAUAUACUCGAGUUCGAUCUCGACGAAAACAGUUUGGCUGUUACGACCGAGGCUAUCACACAAGACACGAGCCCAUCCGACGAGGGCGGAGUUUCAACACCAAACAGCACAUCGUUGGAUGCGCCACGCCCGUCAGCCGCCAAGCGAAAAAGCAAGAUUGUCCUUGCGAAGCCGAGGCGAGUGCGGACAGGCUGCUUAACAUGUCGGGAACGUCACCUGAAGUGCGACGAGGCGUUGCACCGAUGCCAAAAUUGCCGGAAGUCGGGCAGAGUGUGCAGACGUGGAAUUCGCUUAAACUUCAUAGAUAUCCAGAAAUCGACACCCCCGCACUGCGUAGUCCGUAUACCAGCGACGGGUGUGACGUUUCGGGAUGAGUCGCGGCUUAUAGCGUCUGAAUAUGUGGGCGGGAUUGAGAGAUAUCCUUCCGAAGUGGCGGAACCUUCGUUGGAGAAGGGGAAUGCGACAGGGUCUUGUCUGACUCCUAGUCUGAGUGCCUCGUUCGUACAUGGCUUCGGGACGCCCCAGUCCGGGAGUCUGGCAGGACCGUUUAGCGGCCCACCAAAUGCCCCUGCUUUUUACGACCAAAGUGCAUCCUUUGCUCCGUUCAGGUCCACAAAAGAUGGUCAUAUCAAUGCUACCAACCAUACUUGUCUCAACAACCCAGAAGAAGUAUACCUGCUACAGGUAUUUGUUGAAGAGGUUGGACUAUGGAUGGAUUCGAUGGAUGCGGUGAAACAUUUCACGCAUAUUCUGCCAUUCCAUGCGCUCGAAGAACCUAUGCUUCUCAAAGCCCUGUUGGCAUGCGGUGCAAGGCAUCUUUUCCACGUGGACGCCUCAUACGGGGAGGAGAAGGCCGCAGAACAUCACAAUGUCGCCUCACAAUAUCUUCUUCGCUCAUUACAAGACCCUGAUCGUGACUCGGCUCUAUGCGCAACUACGGCGAUUCUUCUGAACAUCUACGAGUUAAUGUCUGGCCGACCAAUUCAAGGCAUGAGCCACAUUGCUGGUGCGCGAGCUUUAAUCAAAGAGUGUCACUGGAAUGCCAAAACGCAGGGACUGGGAGGUGCUUGUUUCUGGUUGAAUGUAAGCAUGGAACUACUCAGCUGUUUGCAUUUCAAUUGGACGCUUUCCUGGGACCCGGACACGUGGGGCGUUGAACUGGAUCUGAACCAUGCACAGCCAAGUGUUGCAGGCAAUGAAGAAGCCUGGACGCAUCAGAUGGUCUUCAUUUGCGCCAAAAUUGCGAACUUUCGAUCGCUAGCCCAACCACCGGCACUGGAGGCUGCCAACGACGUGCGGAUUAGCCAACGUUAUCAGGAAUGGUGCACUUAUAAUGAGUGGUGCGAUCAGUGGGCUCGAGCCGUACCGCGGUCCAUGAUGCCUCUGGGAUAUAUUCAAUCGUGGCAGACAAACUCUAAAUCCGUCUUUCCACAGAUAUGGCUGAUCAAGCGUUCCACGAUCAUCGCUCGACUACUAUACCAUACUGCACGCAUCCUGCUUACGAAGACAAAUCCUGUCGAGUCAGAGUACAGUGCCGAGAUGCAGACCGUACAGCAAAGCCAUGCAAGGGAUAUCUGCGGCAUCGUGGCCCACUCCAGGGAUCGCGGAGUCGCAAGUCUAUCGAUCCGUUUCCUCGCUAUUGCCGCGGAGUGCCUAGCGACUAGGGAAGCUCAACAAGAGGCCUUGGGCAUCCUCGAGGACAUUAUAAAGCAGACGGGUUGGAAGGCAGAGCACGUGAAGCAGGAGCUUCAGGAAGCCUGGGGCUGGAGUGACUCUCACGGUCCUCCAAUGCAUAUGUCGGAAGAUAUCCUGGCGUUAUUCAACAGUGACCAUCCUUUGACCGCGGAUCAUACUCCUGCCCGGCCCAAGGUGCCAGCUGGGGUGAUUAAUCCGCUCAUGGCGACUGCGGACUUCUCGAUGGAGAAUCAUCCAUACCAGGAUUACUAUGUUGCGCCACAUCGUUCCAUUAGCCAUUAUCCUUUGGGGGGGUAUUAACAGUGUGGCUGUCUCUAUAAUUCUGCUGGCGUUGUGGCUUAACUGGUUUGAUUUAUGGAAGGAAUUUGUUUAGAUACCACUAGAGUUGUGAGGUUUAUGUUUUGGUACUAUCAGCUGUUAU